AUGCCCCGGACGCCGGCGGGCGUCGCGGCGCGCGGCGGCGCUGAGCUGGCCACGUAUGUGGCAACACCACCCGUGGGGGCACACCGCACACGGAAGCGGACGCAUGUGGACGUCGACGCGUGCACUGUGGUCUCCGAAACGCUCUUUUUCGACGUCCACGCCCCGGACGAUCCGCCGGCGCUCCGCUACACGGGCGACGUGGACGUGCGCGUCGUCGCCGAGCGCGCAGCACGCAUGCAGCCGGGCACCCUGAUGCACCCAGAGCAUGCGGCUCUCCUCGAUCUCCUUGUCAGCGACGACCCAUGGCUCACCGUGCCGCUGUCGUACGCCACCUCGCAGUGGCUCCAGGCUGCGCUUGCCCUGCGCACUUGGCAGGUUCACGCAUCGGUGGCCUGGGAUGACGAUACAUCACUCGGACUUACUGUCCAUGUACUGGCCACGCCGGCGGCGUUUGCGCCGGCGGCCCACCCGAGCGACGCGGAUCGCGUGCUCACCCUGGUGGAGCACGCACGAGUGCUCGCAGGGGCGGAGCGCCCGGGCCACAUACGCGAUACUGAUGAGACAGCCGGCGCGGCCAUGGUGUACAGUGCUCUGUGCGAGCGCGAGCGCGGGCUUGAUACCCAGAUGCCUGCGGCCGAACAGCCGCGCGGCCUGCUGGCGCCGCUGCUGCCGUUCCAACGGCGGUCCCUCAGUUUCCUCCUUGAGCGCGAAGCGCCACCUACAGCGCGACGUGCGCUCCGCAUGCCAUGCGGGCCGUGGUGGAUCCAGGUCGGAGUGCAGCCGUUGUAUGCGCAUGUGCUUACAGGUGCCCUAAGCGAUGACAGCGCACGCGUCGCGGCCGAGGACGUGCGUGGCGCCAUGCUCGCCGAGGAGAUGGGACUUGGAAAGACCGUGGAAGUGCUGGCCUUGCUGCUUGAGCACACGAACCGCGCGCGGCACGAGCAGCCGUCGUACUGGGAUGCCGCGAACGAGACGCAUGUCCAGCCGGUCGGUACGACCCUGAUUGUGUCGCCUGAGAUCCUGCGCCGCCAGUGGCUCGAGGAGAUACAAGUGCAUGCGCCCAGUCUGCGGGUGUACUCCUACACGGGGCACCGCAAUGCGGCGGCGCACCGCGCACAGGCUGGGCACACCAGUUGGGGCGCAUGGGCGCAGGACAUGGACGUCAUGGUAGUCUCGUUCGAGGCGCUCGCGCGCGAUCUGGCCGCGUCGCAUGCGGCGCCGGUGCGCUCGCUGCGUCAUCCAAAAAGGUACGAGCGCCCGCGCAGUCCACUUGUGCAGCUGGAUUUUUGGCGCGUCGUCAUGGACGAGGUGCAGCUUGUCGGAGGCAAUGCAGCACGCACGAUGGGCAUGAUCCGCCGGUGCAUGAGCGUGGCGGUGAGCGGCACACCCGUGCGGCAACUCGCAGACCUGCGCACGUCGCUGUGGUUCCUGGGGCUCGUGCCGCCAGGCACGACGCCUGCCGCGUGGAAACGCAUCCUCGGCGGGCGCCUCGCGCCGUACGUGUACGAUGUGCUGCGCCAGAUUGGCAUCCGUCAUACCAAGGCGCAGGUGCAGCAUGAAAUGGUCCUUCCGCCGCAGACGCGGUACUUGGUGCCGGUGGACUUUACGCACGUGGAAACCGCGUUCUACAAGGAUGUGUGGCAUGCGAGUUUGGCAGCACUCGAGCUUGAUACGGACGGCGCACCGCUCUCAGAGGCGUGGGAGCUGGAUACGGCUGUGUUGCGCACCCAGCUGCAGCGCCUCCGCCAGGCUUGCACACACCCGCACGUCGCCCUGCGUGGCGGGCAUACCCUGGGGGGCGGCGACGGUGCCGGAGGGGCCGGCGCCGUGAAUCUGCGCAGCAUCGAUCAUGUGCUGACACAAAUGAUUGAGGCCGCGCAGCAGGACCUCAUGACCCAGAAACAGGCUCUCGUGUCACGCCGCAUCUUCCGCGCAUCGGUGCUGCUGUUUGCGCCGCGCGACGAGCUGAUGGCCCAGGUCGCGGAGUACAGUACCGCCUCACUCGGUGCCGACGAGCACGCCGUGGUCUCGACGUUGGCCACGCGGCCCUGCCUGGAUGUGGCGCGCGACGAGUGGGAGACGCUGCUGCCAGAAGCGGUCGCGCACGUCGAGGCGCUCCAGCGCGACAUUGAGGCCGCGCACGAGCGGGGGCCGCUCUACGCAUUCACCGCUGCGGAGCUGGCCGCAGAAGCGGCGUGGGGCAAGGACGUGCCGGCUGAUGCGCCGCAUGAGAAGCUGCGUCUUCGGCAGCAGCAUGUCAGUGCGCUAAAGAGUCGCCAACGCCACUGGCUGCAGAUUGUCCACCGGAUCCAGCAGUUUUCAGGACACUGCUAUUUCCAGCUAGGCGAGGCCGCCGUCGCCCAGCGCGCGGCUGAUCCGCCUCCGGCCCUCAAAGACGAGCCCGACGGCCCCGGCCCGGAGGCGCCCGUCAAGGGAGAAACGCCCUUCACUCCAUGGGAGGACGCGGCGUACCAGGCCGCCGAGGCGACGCGCCAGCGACUCUUGGCCGAUGCACGCGAUAUGGUCGAGCAGAGCGUGCAUGCUCUGCGCCAGCUUUCCGUCGAUACGCAUGACCUGGCGCCAGCCGAUCCGCCUGCGGCGGGUCUCGCGGGCCGCAGCGUGCUGGAGCAUGUGUGCGAACGCCUAGAACAACUGCGUGCCCACGCUGCGCUCAUGCUGGACUGGCGCGCGCAGAUCUACAAGCGGUUGACCAAGCCGGUGAACCGCGAAGUCGACAAGGCGCGGGAAAACGAUGAUAUCUAUGCGGAGAACCUCGACGCCCAGAUCGAGGCAGAGACGCUGCUAGAGAUGUACCGCCCAUUGCUGGCCCAGCGGGACGAGCUCCUCACGGGCCGCAUUGCCCUGGGCGCGACGGCCCGACCACAGCUGUUUGUCGAGUUGGAUCGCGAGUUGCGUGCGGCACGCGCGCGGCGAUGGGCGGGCCCGGGCGCCGACGCGGACGCGGACGACAAUGUGGACGACGACGAUGCAGUGCGUCAGGCCAAGCGCCUGCAGUUGACCCACUUUCGCUCAUUGGAGCAGGCACGGCGCACCGUCAUGCUGCCGCCCGACGAGCCGCCGCUGCUGGGGCUGAUGAGCGCGCUGAAAGACGCGCGCGAUGCGUGCGUACGUGCCGAAGAGGUGCGGGUCCUGUCGGCCGCUUAUGCGGCGUUGCAAGCCAUGCAGCGGCGGCAGACAGAGCUGCUCGAGAGCCUUCGACGCGAACAGAUGCAUUUUCAGGCGGUGUUCAAUGCACGGGCCCUCUACUUUAAGCAGAUGCAGGAGCUCUCGGACCAGGUACAAGACCCGGACCUAUCACUGGGCAUUGUGCCAUGUUUGCUGCAAGCUGUGGCGCAGGAGCGCGCUGUGCGGCAGCGGAUCGGUGCGAUGGAGGGGCGCCUGCGCUACCUCCGACAUGUCGAGCAGAUGCAGCGGGCGGGCGGCACGGACGACGAGCUGCGACACUGCUUUAUCUGCACAAACACAAUCGAUCGGGGUGUGUUGACCAAUGCAUGCGGUCAUAUAUGCUGUGAGACGUGCUUCCAUGCAUGGAUGGCACAUGGCCACCGCACCUGCCCCCUGUGCAAGACGCGCAUUGCGCCGCGCGACAUUCACCGCGUCGUGUAUCGCGCACCUGAGCCGCUGGCGCCGACCGCGGCCCCCGCAGCGCCGUCUGCGUACCGUGUACUGCCCAGCGAUACGCGGCAGGCCCUGCACCACCUCCCGAUGGAGGGCGGCGCAGGCAGCAAGCUGGAUAGCCUAAUGCGCCACCUACUGCAUUUGCAGCGCACUACAGGCGAGAAGAGCCUUGUAUUUUCGUCGUUUGCUCGUGGUCUCGACCUGGUAGCGGAGGGCCUGGAGCGGCAUGGGCUGGAGUACGCACGUCUCGAUGGGUCAGGCGGCAAGCGAGCGGGAGCGCAAGUGGAGGCGUUCCAGCACGGACCCACCGUACGUGUGCUGCUUCUGCACAGCGAGGCGCAAUCGGCAGGCCUCAACUUGCUAGCUGCGACGCACCUAUUCCUGUUGGAGCCGCUGCUCAACCAUGCGCUCGAGCUGCAGGCAAUUGGCCGCGUGCACCGUAUCGGCCAAACUCGACCUACGCAUGUGUAUGGCUACAUGGUGAAUGACACGGUGGAGGAGCGUAUCGUUGGUCUGGCAGCGACGCGUGGGCAGUCGCUGUACCUGGACGAUGCUGCGGAGCCUGACAGUGCGCUAGUACAGGCGGCACACCUCGCGACGGCGCAGGAUAUCUCGCGCGAGGCGCGGCGUGGCGACCUCAUCGGUACAGCGGACGAUCUUCUGGCGUGUCUGUUUUCACAGCACUUGGGUGCAGCGCGUUAA